CUCUGCAGACUGAAGAAAUGUAAUCCGCAAGUCUGGCUGCCAUCAUUGACUCUCGCCUGGGGUCUCGUCUCUAUUGGCCAAGGCCUUGUCAAAAACCAAGCCGGGUUAUUUGGAAUCAGAUUCUUACUUGGUGCCACGGAAGCUGGACUGUUUCCCGGUGUGAUAUAUGUCUUCUCGGUAUAUUAUCGGAGACAUGAACGGAGUUGGCGAGUUGCAAUUUUCUUUGGUGGUGCGGCAAUAUCGGGGGCAUUUGGAGGGAUAUUUGCGUAUUCCAUCGGAUUGAUGGAUGGUGUGGGCGGAAGAAGGGGUUGGCAAUGGACAUUCAUUCUUGAGGGAAUCCUCACAGUGGUCGUUUCCCUCAUCGCAUAUUUCAUUGCGCCGACUUGGUCUCACGAGGCAAAAUUUCUAUCUGAAGCAGAAACAACGCGCCUGCUAGAUAGAUUACGAGCAGACUCCGAUGCAGGAACUGACCAAGCCUUCAAAUGGUCGUCAGUUCUAGAUGCUUUCAGCGACCACUUAGUCUGGGCAUAUGCAUUCCUUUUCCAUGGAUUUUCUUUUGUGCUGUACUCGCUCAGCCUUUUCCUGCCUACAAUCAUCGCAGGACUUGGAUUUCAGACAUGGCAGGCACAACUGAUGACCGUCCCCCCGAAUGUGCUCACAAGCGUUCCAAUAUGGACCACGGUAUAUUUCUCAAGCAAGUACAAUGUAAGAGCGCCCUUCAUUAUAGAAGCUGCAAUUGUAUCCAUCAUUGGU